AUGGGACGCUCAGAGGAGCUCGUGUUGUUACGGCUCUUCCCGUGUGAUUCCCCAGGGAGAGCUGCUUUUCGAGCUGCUUUUUGUAGCACUGCGAAGCCUGGCCAUGAGCAGCGACUGACCGACGUGUGUGCUGUGUUACAGCAACUGAAACACCCCAACCUGGUGAACCUGCUGGAGGUGUUCAGGAGAAGAGGAACUGUGCACCUGGUCUUUGAGUACUGCGACCACACUGUGCUCCACGAGCUGGACAAGCACCCCCGGGGUGAGGUCCCGGAGCAGCUGGUCAGGAGCAUCACCUGGCAGACCCUCCAAGCUGUGAACUUCUGUCACAAAACAACAACGUAAUGCAUCCACCGUGAUAUAAAGCCAGAAAACAUCCUGAUAACGAAACACUCCAUCAUCAAACUCUGUGACUUUGGAUUUGCUCGCAUGCUCACUGGCCCAGGUGGUUACUACACAGACUACGUGGCCACCAGGUGGUACCGCUCCCCGGAGCUGCUGGUGGGGGACACGCAGUACGGCCCUCCCGUGGACGUGUGGGCCGUGGGCUGUGUCUUUGCGGAGCUGCUCUCUGGGGUCCCGCUGUGGCCCGGCAAGUCGGACGUGGACCAGCUGUACCUCAUCCGGAGAACGCUGGGGGAUCUUAUUCCCAGGCACCAGCAAGUGUUCAGCACCAACCAGUUCUUCAGUGGUGUGACGAUUCCAGACCCAGACAGCAUGGAGCCAUUGGAAAUGAAGUUUCCUAGUAUUUCAUACCCUGCUUUAGCCCUCAUGAAGGGCUGCCUUUGUAUGGACCCUGCGGAGAGGCAGACAUGUGAGCAGCUGCUGCAGCACCCCUAUUUUGACAGCAUUAGGGAGGCAGAUCUGGGGAAAGAACAUGAGAAAGCAGCUCGGAGACCAGCCAAGCUGACACGGAAGCACGUGCCGGGGUACCUGCCUCAGUUAAGCAGCAGCAACAUUCUGCCAGCUUUGGACAGCAAGAAGCCCUUCUGCAAGACGAGGAAAUCCAAUUGCCAUUUCCCUAACAUCUAAGGGUGUGGAAGAUGAAAAACUACCCAGUGUUCAAAGUUCCACUCCUUCAGAACUUAUGGAAGGCCACACGGUGGAAAACUGAAUUAAUAGAGGUGACGAUGUAUGCAGAAAUGGACUGUGAGGUGCUCUGGGCCACCGGUGGAAGGAAAGUGGUGCACUCCAAGCUCACGUUAGCCAGUGUUCUCUGUAAAGAAAAUAUAAUUCUUUUACUUUAACUCGUGGUUGCCUACUGGUUCGAGAUUACUGCAAAGCAGUGUUUACAGGGUGAAUCUCGAGAACUCUGUUGUCUGUUGGCUGUAUUUCACACUUGGCAGGAGAAUAAAUCAGAGUCACUGUGUCUAGCCUACUGAUCUUGCAGGGAGCUGUAAACCUCUUCCCUUUGUGAGUGGAAGGCAGGUGUGUGUGUGUAUGUGUGUGUGUGUGUGUGUGUGUGUGCAGCUGAGGUUGGUCCAGCUCAUUACAAAGCUGCUGAAAUAGCAGUGUUUUAAAGGUAUGUCUAUCUUGUGUACGGCAUGAAGUAUUACAAGCACAGGCAUUGACUUAGACUUACAGGAAGGCUCCACACGCUGUGAACAGAAGGAGGAUAUAAUUACUGAAGUCUGCUUUUUUCCUUGGCCUUUCCAGAGCUUCUCCUGUCUGUCUCUUCCUUGCAUUAUGAAGUUAUUUAUAUUUGCUGGUUUUGUCAGUAGUGAAGUCACUCACCUGUAGUGUUACAGAAAUUGUUAUCAAAACCAAUUCAAUAUAAUUUACAACAACAGCCAGACACGGGCAGAAAUUCUACCUAAGUCUUUGUAUUAAAACAAAUCUUGGAUUCUAUGUCGUUUCAGAAUGUAACGUGUUGAUUUUUAAUAAAAGAAAUGUAGCUUGUUUUUCCAUUUUGCAGGA